UCGUUAUCAACAUCAUCCUUGUUAUUAAUAAAGUUGAUAAAGAAACAAGAAAAUUCACCACUAUAUUGUGACAUUGGAAUUAAUUGUAGUACACUAGCACAUACAACAAUACGACAAGUUGUCUGGAUCAAAAACAUACACAAACAUAGAAAAUAUCAAUCAAUAAGUAAUUAGACUUAACUUACAAUAUGAACUCAAUUGCGCAGAAAUAUACGCAUUCCAACAACAACAGCAUACUUAAUGAGAUUACUGCCACCAGAGAUGGAUUGGCUCAGAGCUCUGCCUUGGAAUUGGCACCAUCCAUUCAACUCCCACCUAUUUCACAACCAACUGACUUUUUGAGAGCUCAUACAGAUGAUGACAGUAAUCCAGAUUGUAAGAUCAAGAUUGCCCAUGGUACCACCACAUUAGCAUUUAGAUUUCAAGGUGGUAUUGUUGUUGCUGUGGAUUCAAGAGCCACACAAGGUAACUGGAUUGCCUCUCAAACCGUCAAGAAAGUCAUUGAAAUUAACCCAUUCUUGUUGGGUACCAUGGCUGGUGGUGCUGCCGAUUGUCAAUAUUGGGAAACUUGGUUAGGUACUCAAUGUAGAUUGCAUGAAUUGAGAGAAAAGGAAAGAAUUUCCGUUGCUGCUGCCUCAAAAAUCUUGAGUAAUUUGGUAUAUGGUUACAAGGGUAUGGGAUUAUCUAUGGGUACCAUGGUUUGUGGUUACACCAAGAAGGAAGGUCCAACCAUCUAUUACGUUGAUUCUGACGGAACUAGAUUAAAGGGUGAUUUGUUUUGUGUUGGAUCCGGUCAAACUUUUGCCUACGGUGUUUUAGAUUCAGAAUACAAGUGGGAUUUAACUGUAGAGGAAGCAUUAUAUUUGGGUAAGAGAAGUAUUCUUGCUGCUACUCAUAGAGAUGCAUACUCUGGUGGUUCCGUCAACUUGUUCCAUGUUACCGAACAAGGAUGGGUAUUCCAUGGUAAUCAUAAUGUUGGAGAUAUUUUCUAUGAUAUUAAGGAAAAGGAACAAUCUUUCAAUAAUGUUGAUGGUUAG